AUGGAAGAAGUAAGCCUAGUAGUUGGGAGCAGUUUCAACUGUGUGAAAUGUGAUCAACCGGCCCAAUAUUCUGGUAAUUAUUAAUUUAAAAAAAGUCUCAAGGCUUUUUUUAGGAAAUGACUUGAAAAGAACGUAUUAUUGCAAGGAAUGUUUUUUUGCAAAUGGUCAGAAAUAAGUUUCGAACCGCAUUAAGCAAGAGAAAAAGUGUUCCGGGUUGGUUUUUUUAUUUCUAAAUGAAUGUAACACAGUUUCUAUAAUUUUUAAGGACGCGGAUUCACGAAAAGCUCUGAUUGUGUACGAUGGAAUGUCCUCUGCGUCAUUUUUUUAUUGAAUCAAGUCGGCGAAGCGCUACGUCAAGUUCAUUUCAAAAGGCUGAUGAUCGAGCCAACAGUCAGUUUUUGGAAAAUUUUUCUCUAGGAAAUGAACUUUCUUUGAGAUUUUGGUUCUUGUUUCCGUGUCUAGUUCCGAAGAAAUCAACAAAGUUAUCGAGAAAGUUGAUAAAUUGAAACUUCUUCUACCAGAAAAUAUAAAGUGAGAAUUCGAAUCGAAAAAAAAGAUUUCCAAGUAAAAUUUUCAGUUGGGCAAUCGCUCACGUGGCUUCCUACCUAUUGGACGAUUUUCGGCCGAGUUUAAGUGAUUUUUCCGGGAAAUUGCUAUGGAACUGA